UUAACACAAACAAUUGGAAUCGAAAGAAUCGACUAGGGGCGGGCUUGUCGGGUAAACAGCUGAUCCGCGGCUGGUUGUUGUUGUUGUUAUCGUCGUUGUUGUUUUAAGCGUCCGAGCUCUCUCCUCGUUUAUUCAUCGACGCGGGCGACGGUUCGAGCGGGAGCGCCGCGUCGCGACAGCCUCGUGCCUGCCUGCCCAUGGGGAGCCUGUGCUUCCCUUGUCUGGGUGGGCAGAAUGGGGACCAGGAGGAAACGCAGGACUUGGAGCUAAGAAGAGCGCAGUUGGCAGCGGCGGCAGAGAAGAGGAUCCAGGAGUCGUCUGCCCGUGGCAUUAAGGACCCCGAGGGGGUGGCGCGCAAGAAGAAGCAGCGGGAGGAGAUGGAGCGCAAACUGGCGGAGGAGGCGCGGUCGCCCGGGGAGGGAGGAGGCCUGCGGUGGCAGGUCGGCUGAUGGCAAGGGCAAGGAAAGCAUCACAGGCACUGGGAAGAAAAGCAAACUCCACGCACAGAUCUCCCCUGCCAGAGUGAUAGUCCAGCCACCGCAUCUCGCAGUGGGAGAGAGAGGUAGCCCGGCCACCUUUGUCUCUCUCACUGUCUCUCUCAUCUCUCGCACGGAGCACAAGUGAAUGUAAAGACGCCGACGCACGCAUGCACGCACGCUAGCACACAGACAAAGACACACACACACAGACAAACACACACACACACACUGACAAAGACACACACACACUGACAAAGACACACA